ACCACUCCCCCCCCCCAUAACAGAGCACAUUCCUGUCUGCUCCCCCAUCCCGCAACAACAACCUGGAGGAGAGAGAGUGCUACUACACCCCUUCCCCUGCCUCCUCACAGCGUUGGUCGCCAUCCAUCCCCUCUCCUCCUCCUGUAGCUACCAUAACAGAUGGUGGGAACAACAUUGCAUCCACCGGGUACCAUAACAAUAGACCGCAGCAUCCAGUCCAGACAACACUGGCCUUGCAUCAUCAUGCUCCCCGUGCAGGACCGCGUGAGGCUGUGAGUGCCGUCGUGAUUUAUUUCACGCGGUACCACCACCGCGGCCACGGAGGAACCUUCUUGCGACUGUUUGGGCUCUCCAUCAAGCGGGGAAGAUGGCCGCUAUGAAAAUAUUAACCAGCACAGGGCUCUUCUUGGCUUUCUGUGCGCUGGGGCUGCUCGCUAUGGCGAUUUGCACCGACUACUGGUACGAGACCGACGCGAGGAGACACAGAGAGAGGUGUAAAAACUAUGCCAACAAGAGAAACGACCCGGGUUACAUCUACAUUUCAAACCACAACCUCCCCCUCCAGAUGCCUCCAAAGAGCGCGGAGAGGAAAGGUGACGGCCCAGAUGCUGGUGCUCUCAUCAGGGGGAAGCGGCACUUUCUGGCCGCGGUGUCUGCUAUGGAGUCCCAUUGCAGUCGGCAGUUUAACUCCACCAUCUCCGGGCUUUGGAGGAAGUGUCACCGGGAAGGAUUCGACCUGGAAACCGAGGACCUUAUUUACAAAGGGAUAAUUCAAAGAUGUACCCCAGUCAAGUAUCACUACUCUUCGUCCAUCCUCCCACGAAAUUUACCCAUCAACAUCACAAAGACCAUACGACAGGAUGAGUGGCACGCACUCCAUCUAAGAAGAAUGACGGCUGGCUUUGUGGGCAUGGCCGUGUCCAUCAUUCUUUUUGGCUGGAUCAUUGGAGUGCUGGGAUGCUGCCAGCAGCAUGACCUCAUGCAAUAUGUAGCUGGGCUACUCUUUCUCAUGGGAGGAACAUGCUGCAUCAUUUCCCUGUGCACAUGUGUGGCAGGAAUCAACUUCGAGUUAUCCCGCUACCCCCGCUACAUGUACGGCCUCCCUGAGGACAUUAGCCAUGGCUAUGGCUGGUCCAUGUUUUGUGCCUGGGGGGGCCUCGGUCUCACAUUGCUGGCUGGCUUCCUCUGCACCUUGGCCCCCUCCCUGAGCACGCCCGCUCGCACAACAACCCACAAGCCGAGGCAAGAGAAUGGAACCGUGUGACAGGACCGAGGCGCCGUAGCGACUGACCCACGGAGCGCACAAAUCACACCCUUCCAACCUUGAUGUUUGACUCUGAAACAGUUUUUUGUCUGAUCACCAUCUCACACCACCCUCAACAUCGCCAUCUCCCCCUCAGUGUUCAGUGUGCCUGAGUUGUGACAGAGGGAGCAUAGUAACGACAAACUUCACACACCUAUUCUCGAAACCCCCAAGGGAACUCCAGGGACAAUAAGAGUAACACCUAACGUACGACUGGGGCAUCGCUCUCAUAGCACAAAAAGACUUUCUUUUUUUUUUUUGUUGUUCUGAUUUUUGACAUGCUGACUUUAUGGCGAUCUAAAGGUGACUGUUUUCUCUGAGGAGAAUUUGUCUUAAAAUGGUGCUCUCUUAAAUGCAUUUGCCACAUACAGUACACUCCCGCAGGCACAAACAAGCACACAUACACACACACACACACCAGCUUUUCCACACAUGCUCACUUACUCUGGAUGAAUCAUAAGAGAAAUCCUCCAAAAGGAACAACCACACAAACAUCAGGCCAGAGCAUCCUGUCAGCAUUCCUCUUUCAGUCGAGUGAUGUGUGCUGUGUUAUUGUUCGUAAAGAAAAAAAAAAUCUGGCGUUGACUGCCCGUUGCUUAUCUUUAGUGUAGCACACUUACUGAUAUCAAACAUUAGCCCCGGGGUAGACGUCUGCAGUCUCUGCAGAGCACACGAUGGAUCUAGCAGCGUGGUCAGUACGAUAAAAUACACAGAACUUAAUUUGCGUUGAAGAGCAAAUCGUUUGAUGCUUCUUUAAAGAUUCUAUAUGUGCAAAAUGCAUCUCUAUGUAGAUCCAAAUCAUUGUUUGUGUAAAGUAGAUUUUGAAUAAGAAUGUUUGUUUUCUGUUUGUUUAGAGGUAAUGAUGGUUGACUGUAUGGAGACGUGUGCAAAGUUAAGCUCUGCCGCUUCACACAUUGAAGAAAAAAGUGUUAAAGAAUGGUUCUUAGAGCAUGAAUCCAUUAUUGGAUUCAGCAACAUGAAGGUAUUUUGUGGUACCAAGUGAAAAGAAGAACUGAGAAGUAAAAGAAAGCAUUAAAUCACGGUAACUGCUGAGCUGUGACUUAAUGCUGCUGUGCUGUUACUGCUCUGUCAGACCCAGUUGUUUGCUGACAACUGAAUCAUAACCUGACAAGAGCAACACAAGAAACCAAACUGCGGUGAAUUGUUUACCCUUAAUACUGGUCAGCCUUUUGUGUAAUACUCUGAAUACAAGCAAGUGAAGCAGUUUUAGGGGGACAAAUGCAAUAUUUUCAGUGAUCCCACUUAAAAUGAAAGCACAAGCUGCAUUCUGAAUCCUUAUCUGCACUAAUUACACUAACAUAAGAACAUCACGCAAUGGUCGAGGGCCGUGUCAUCCUGUCUUGACUCAAAUCUGACUCAGUAACGGCUGAAACAAUAAAACAAGCAGCCACGGGAAAUCAUUUAUGUCAUAACAGUUUUUUUGUACAUGGGGGAUUGGACAGCACAUUCAGUUAAGGCUCAUGGCAUGAUCCAUGACUUUUA